UUAAUAGUUCCCUUUCUAUUCCAUACUUCACUGAUGUUAACGUAGCAAUAUUGUUCGGCAAUAAGUAGUACUUUGUCUUACUUCAGUGACGUCACGUAUAAAUUAGUGUAGAAAAUUCUUCGGCAACCUUAAAUUGCAAUUACUUCUUGUUGCAAGUAGAGUUGUUCCGUUAUUUUGUUUUAUUAAUAAUUUUUUUAUAUAUUACUUUUAGAAAGUUUCAUAUUUUUAUUACAAAAUGGCAGAUUAUUUAGAUGCUGAAGCAGAAGAAAGUGAGGAGGAGGAGGAACUCGAUGUUAAUGAAAGAAAAAAACUUAAAAAAUUAAAAGCUAUGCAAGAUAGUGAUGAUGAAGAUGACGAUGAAGAAGAUGAAGGAGAAGUUCCAGGGCUUAUUGAUGAUAAUCCAAUUGAAGAUGAUGAUAAUGAUGGUGAAGAUAGUGAUGGAUCUGAUUAUUCUAGAAAACGUAAAAAAAGUGAUGAUGAAGAUUUUGAUGAUCGUUUAGAAGAUGAAGAUUAUGAUCUACUUGAAGAAAAUUUAGGAGUUAAAGUUGAAAGGAAACGUCGUUUUAAACGUUUGCGAAGAAUACAAGAUGAAGAAUCAGAGGGAGAAGAAGAAAGAGAAGUAGAUGAUGAAAGAGAUGCCAUUGCAAAUGAAUUAUUUCAAGGCUCUGGAGAGGAAGAUGAAGAAAGAAGUGAAGUUAGUCACAGAGGUGAAGUGGAAGGAUUUGAUGAGGAAGAAAGUGAAGAUGAGGAUGAUUUCAUUGUGGAUGGUGAUGGAGUACCUAUAGCUGAGAAAAGAAAGAAGAAAAAACCUAUUUUUUCUGAUGCUGCUUUACAAGAAGCUCAAGAUAUUUUUGGUAUAGAUUUUGAUUAUGAUGAAUUUGGAAAAUAUGGAGAAGAUGAAUUUGAAGAUGAUGAAGAUGAAGAAGAAGAUGAUUAUAUUCAUGAUGAGAUAGAAGAUCGACCAAGACGGUCAAAACAACAUCUUAAAAAAAAGAGCACAAAAAAAAGUAUCUUUGAGGUAUAUGAACCUAGCGAACUUAUACGUGGCCAUUUUACUGAUAUAGACAAUGAGAUUCGUACAACAGACAUUCCUGAACGUAUGCAACUUCGCGCUGUUCCUAUUACAUCAACUGUAGAAGGUUCAGAUGAAUUAGAUCUUGAAGCAGAAUGGAUAUACAAACAGGCAUUCUGUCAACCGACGAUUUCAAUACAAGAUGCUCAUCUUAAUGAAGAAGCCAAAGAAAGAGCUAGAAAAGGUCCUCAAACAGUUAACAAAAUUAAAAAAGCUUUAGAUUUCAUGCGUAAUCAAAACUUUGAAGUUCCAUUUAUAUCAUUUUAUAGAAAAGAAUAUGUUUUACCAGAGUUAAAUAUUAAUGAUUUGUGGAAAAUUUAUAAGUUUGAUAUGAAAUGGUGUCAACUUAAACAAAGAAAGGAAAAUUUAUUGAAAUUGUUUGAAAAAAUGAGAAAUUUUCAAUUAGAUGAGAUUAUGAAAAAUCCAGAUGCUCCGUUAUCUGAUAACAUACGAAUUAUUAAAGAUGAUGAUAUUGAACGACUUAAAAAUGUUCAGACUUUUGAAGAACUGAAUGAUAUUUAUCGACAUUUUAUGUUAUAUUAUAAUGAGGAUGUAUCAGUUAUGCAAGAAGAUGUACGCAAAAAAGAGAAAGAAGCACAAAAAAAAGCUAAAUUGGAGAAAAGAAAACAACAAAUCGAAGAAGCUGAGGAAAAUGGAGAAGAUCUUCCUGAAGAAAUUGCAGAUAUAGAUGAUGAAGAAGAAGAAAUAGACGAAUCAUUAAAAAAGCCAAUUAGGAAAGGUCCUUAUUAUAUUUGUAAAAAGGCUGGUUUAGAUGGACUUGCUAAAAGAUUUGGUCUCUCUCCAGAACAUUUUGCUGAAAAUCUUCGAGAUAAUUAUCAACGUCAUGAAGUAGAUCAAGAUCCAACAGAACCUGCAAUAGUAGCAAAUGAUUUUUGUUCAGCAAUUUUUAAUACAAAUGAAGAAGUACUUAAAGCUGCACAAUUAAUGGUUGCAAUUCAAUUAGCGCAUGAACCAUUAGUACGCAAAUGUGUUAGAGAAAUGUAUAUGGAGAGAGCAAAAUUAUCUAUAAAACCAACUAAAAAAGGAAUAAAAGAGAUAGAUGAGGCUCAUGCCAUUUAUGGAUUAAAAUAUCUUAAAAAUAAGCCUGUACGAGAUCUUGUUGGUGAUCAAUUUUUAAAACUAAUUAUAGCAGAAGAAGAUAAAUUAGUUACAUUUUCCUUUAGUGAUAUAAUUGAAGGAAAUACUAGCAAUAAUUAUAUUGAUGAAAUAAAGCAACUAUAUUAUAGAGAUGAAUUUAGUAAAAGUGUACAGGAUUGGAAUACAUUAAGAACUGGUAGUGUUGAAAUAGCUUUAAAUCGUAUUAUAAUACCGCAAUUGAAAAAAGAAUUGCGAUCUAAUCUUUUAAUAGAGGCAAAAGAAUGCGUUAUGAAAGCUUGUUGCCGUAAAAUGUAUAAUUGGAUAAAAAUUGCUCCAUAUACUUGUGAAUUUCCUGAGGAAGAUGAUGAAGAAUGGAAUACUAGUAAAGGAAUUCGUGUGAUGGGUGUAGCUUAUGUGCCUGAUCCAUCUCAAGCUGCUUUUACUUGCAUAAUUUCUCCAGAUGGAGAAUGCACUGAUUAUUUAAGAUUACCACAUAUAUUAAAACGUAAAAAUAGUUUUAGGGAUAACGAAAAAGUGUUGAAAGAAGCUGAUUUAUUAGCAAUUAAAAAUUUUAUUGCCACAAAAAAACCACAUGUUGUAGUAAUAAGUGGUGAAACUAGAGAAGCAUUAAUGAUAGUAGGUGAUAUAAAAGAAUGUAUAUCUAAUCUCAUAGAGGAAGAACAAUAUCCUUCAAUUCAAGUGGAAAUAUGUGAUAAUGAACUUGCUAAAGUUUAUGCAAAUAGUAAUAGAAGUAUAUCUGAAUUUAGAGAUUAUCCAGAACUAUUAAGACAAGCUAUAUCUUUAGCAAGAAGAAUACAAGAUCCUUUGUUAGAGUUCUCUCAAUUAUGUACAAUUGAUGAAGAAAUUCUGUGCCUUAAAUAUCAUUCUUUGCAAGAUCAACUUUCUAAAGAGGAUCUUAUAGAAAAUUUAUAUUUAGAAUUUAUAAAUCGUAUAAAUGAAGUAGGAGUAGAUUUAAAUAGAGCAGUUCAACAGCCUUAUACAGCAAAUUUAGUACAAUUUGUAUGUGGUUUAGGACCCAGAAAAGGACAAGCUCUGAUUAAGAUUUUAAAGCAAACUAAUCAAAGAUUAGAAAAUAGAACACAACUUAUAACAGCAUGUCAUAUGGGACCUAAAGUAUUUGUCAACUGUGCAGGUUUUAUUAAAAUUGAUACAAAUAGUUUAGGAGACAGUACAGAGGCAUAUGUAGAAGUUCUAGAUGGUUCGCGUGUACAUCCAGAGACAUAUGAAUGGGCUAGAAAAAUGGCAGUAGAUGCUUUAGAAUAUGAUGAUGAAGAUGCAAAUCCUGCAGGAGCUUUAGAAGAAAUUCUUGAAUCACCAGAAAGAUUAAAAGAUUUAGAUUUAGAUGCAUUUGCAGAAGAACUUGAAAGACAGGGUUUUGGAAAUAAGUGCAUUACUCUUUAUGAUAUAAGAGCUGAACUUAAUUGUAGAUACAAAGAUCUUCGUAUAUCAUAUCAAUCUCCAAAUACUGAAAAAUUAUUCGAUAUUUUGACUAAAGAAACUCCAGAAACUUUUUAUGUUGGUAAAUUAGUUUUGGCUACAGUUGUUGGUAUAAGUCAUAGAAAACCACAAGGAGAACAAUUAGAUCAAGCAAAUCCUGUUCGAAAUGACGAAACCGGAUUGUGGCAAUGUCCAUUUUGUUUAAAAAAUGAUUUUCCAGAAUUAUCUGAAGUAUGGAAUCAUUUUGAUGCUGGUGCAUGUCCAGGGAAAGCAACUGGAAUUCGUUUAAGAUUAGAUAAUGGAAUAUCUGGUUAUAUUCAUGUAAAAAAUUUAUCUGACAAACAUGUCGCUAAUCCAGAAGAAAGAGUACGUGUUGGACAAGUAAUUCAUUGUCGUAUAAUAAAGAUCGAAGUAGAACGAUUUAGCGUUGAAUGUACUAGUAAAACUAGCGAUCUUGUUGAUAAAAAUCAUGAAUGGAGACCACAGCGAGACGUUUAUUAUGAUACAGAAGCAGAAGACAAAGAUAUAAAAACUGAAGAGGAUACUAAGAAAGUGCAACAAAGACAAACUUAUGUAAAAAGAGUUAUAAUUCAUCCCAAUUUUUAUAAUAUUGGUUUUGCAGAAGUUGAAAAAUUAAUGCAAACUAUGAAACAAGGAGAAGCAAUAAUACGACCUAGUAGUAAAGGAGCUGAUCAUUUGACUGUAACAUGGAAAGUUACAGAUAAUAUUUAUCAACAUAUCGAUAUAAGAGAAGAAGGAAAAGAAAAUACAUUCUCUUUGGGUCGCAGUUUGUGGAUUGGCAAUGAAGAAUUUGAAGAUUUAGAUGAAAUUAUUGCAAGACAUAUUAAUCCAAUGUCUGCUUAUGUUUCGGAACUAAUAGAUUUUAAAUAUUAUAAAUCAAAUAUAGAAGGUAUUAAAGAUAAAGCAGAAGAAAUUUUAAAGGAACAGAAAAAGCAAAAUCCUGGUGGAAUACCAUAUAUUGUAUCUGCCGCUAAAAACUAUCCUGGAAAAUUUUUACUUUCAUAUUUACCACGAACUCGUUGUCGUCAUGAAUAUAUCACCGUAUCACCUGAUGGAUUUCGAUUUAGAGGUCAAAUGUUCAGUAGAUUAAACGAUUUAUUCCGUUGGUUUAAGGAACAUUUUAGAGAUCCUAUACCAGGUCAAAGUACACCUGGUACUCCACAUGGAGCUAUGACUUCCAGAACACCAUAUAAUGGUACUACUCCUGGAGUAAAUGGAGUGAAUCCAGAUGCAAUACAGAGAGUAGCACAAAAUAUGCCACAUCAUAUGCUACAUUCUCUCUCAAAAGUAGCAAAUCAUACUCCACAUCAUUAUCCACCAUAUACUCCAGGUGCUGCUAGUGUCAGUAAUUAUGGUGUUUAUGGAAGUACACCAUAUACACCUUCCGGCCAAACUCCGUUUAUGACUCCAUAUCAUACACCACAUCAUACACCUCAUCAUCCACAAACACCUAGCCAUGCUCAAGGACCAUUCUUACAACCAAUUCCUCCUGCAAUGAACUCAAAUUCACAUAGAACUGCAAGAUCACAUAGAUCUGUUUCUAAUUCUUCUAAUGCAACGAAUUGGUCAAAAGCCGCGGAAGCAUGGGCUCGAUCAAAGCAAUCUACUUCCAAAGAAUUUAGUACUCCAAAAUAUGACGAAUCUAGGAAAACGCCACGAAAUCAAGAAAUUCAAAAUGAGAGAGCAACUUCACGCCAUAGAACACCAUCUGUUCGUACUCCAUCUUACAAAUCUCCUAGAGGAACUCCAUUUACAAAUUCUAGUCCUCGAAGUAUGUCUCUAAGUGGAGAUGGUACUCCUUUAUAUGAUGAAAGUUGAGGCAAUAAUAUAUUUUAUAUGUAGCUAGGACAAUUGGUUACCUGAAAUUAUACUCUAUUUUAUUAACAAAAAAACAAGAGUAAGUUAAAACAAACGUGUAUAUUCGUAUAUUCUAAUUAAUCUAAAACAUUUUCUAUAAUGUUAAAUACGUAUUUAUUAUAUGUAUAAAUUAUCUUUUCUAGAAUUUUUUUCUAGAUUU